GAGUGAAGCCGGCACACAUACAUGACAACGACGGGGAGGAAGGUGUCUUGUCGCGGUGAAAACUGGCUGGAUAGUGCCUUUGUUAAGCGGUGGACGUGCGUGAUGUGGUAGCUGAUUCUUCGUAUGUAAGUUGCUAUAGUGCAAUCGGCGUACGUGUAGUGGCGACGACGUACCCGCGAUCCUCUUUUGCGCGCGUGUCAGCUGGUUUUCGUGAUGGCCUACCGCCUGGCGGAAGAGCAUUACAACAGGCGCUACGGACCCGCCGUUCAGCAGCACCAUAGUCGGUACCAGCUGCAGGCACCCGCGCCAGCUGCUUCCAAUCGCUAUAAUUCUGGAGGGUCAUCUUUCCAGAACCCGCGACCAUCACGUGGUCGAGGCCACCGACAAGAGAGGGCUCCUUUCUCUUUCCCGGAGCCUCACAAUGCUCACUCGUCUUCCUACGGCUCAGGCUUCCCCGUGGAAACGCCUGUACUUCCACCGGUGCCUUUGUUCAGAGAUGGUAGAGAUCAGGUGGGUCUUGGGGAAGACGGCAACUGUUGGAGUGGUGAUCGAUUUCACCAGGAGUCUGAUAUACAUUUGCAUAGACCCCAAACUUUCCCCAGAGAAAGGUACCACGAGCAGCACCAGAACUUUUACAAUUCUAGGGAAGAGCCGCUUGCUGGGUACAACCCCCACUUAUCUGGUUCCCCUAGAUUACAGGAGUCGUUUCAUAACGAUGUCCAAUGGGACAAUUCAGGCUUUUCGGUCGUUGGGAGAGAACCUCAGCCUCUGAUGCAGGUCAGGGGACCGAUUGGAGGAGGAGAAGUCGCUCACCAAACCGGUCAUACCGGUUUUGAUAGCAGGUCUUGGGGCCGUGAAACGAGUACCGGAGACAGGUUUCUGGGUCAAGCACAGCAUCAAUGGCCUGGCGAUGGAUUGAGAGAAGCAAGAAGCGUGGAAUCUGGUGGUAUGGGCAGGGAAACGUACAGACUUGAUUGGAAUCACAGGCAAACCGAACAACAAAUAACAACCAACUUUCCCCCACAAUAUAGUUUCGACAACGUUGAUUUCAGCACGGAUGCCGGCUUGGCAAUACACGGGGAACCUAUGUCAGGGCACUACCCCCAAGUCUUAGGCCCAGAGACCUCAUUGGGUCGUAGAGAAAAUCCGAGGGGAAAUCGAGAAAAGCACCCCCAACACCAGAGACCACAUCCCCGGAAGAAAAAGGGGAGAGAACGAGGCGGGAGAGGAAGAGGGCGUGGGGGGAGAUCAACACCUCUGGGACAGGGUAGCAUCCCUGUGGCGUUGACUCAAACUGUUUCAAAGUCUCCACUGGGGCAAGGGAGCGUCUCCUCCAUAUCGCCGAGAAUAUUUUCGAAAUCCCCGCAUCGUCCGUCGUCAGUCAAGAGAGAGUCAAAGUCAGGCGAUAGGUUCAAGGAGAGUGCCAAGAGGAUGGAGACAAACCUACCUCUGGUCAAGAAAAGUCCAAAAAAAAGGUUUCAUAAUAGAAAGGUGAAUCAAAGGAAUCGCGUGGUUGCUGAUAAUCACAACAAGGGAAGGCAGCUAAGUCCGAUGGCUAUCAGUGAGCGCCUCGGUCCUCAUAUUCCAGGGAGUGGCUCCGUUCAGAACCGUCUGGGGCCACGAAAGAAAGGUGCAGCUGGAGUUUAUUCUCGUCUCGGACCCGAAGAACACCCUGCUCCUUCGAGGGACAGCAUUCACUCUGGUCCCGGUUUGGAAACUGAGAACAAACUAACCUCCUCUGAUGGUGUUCAGUUUAGGCUGGGUCCGCCAGAGGAAAAUCUCAACAGUUCUCGCGGAUCUUCAACUAGUGUGCAUUGUCGUCUUGGGCUCGAAGAAAUCAACUUUUCUUCUCCUUCCUCUCGUUCACUUUUCGAGGUGUCUAAUGCGUUCCCUCCGUCUACUAGUGUUCACUCACGACUUGGGCCAAACACCAACCCCCUCACCUCCUCUGCGCUGUCAGGGGGGCUUGAAAUUUCAGACCCCCUUCCUUCUGAGCGUAUUCACUAUCGUCUAGGGCCCAAAGAAAUUGGCACCGACCCCCUCAGUUCAUCUCUGUUAUCAGGGAGGCUUGAAAUUUCGGACCCCCUCUCGUCUGAGCGCCUUCAUUCUCGUAUGGGGUCCAACGAUAUUAACAACCCCCUCAGUUCUUGUACACUCUCAGGGGGACUUGAAAUAAUUUCCGACCCCCUCUUGUCUGAUCAUGUUCGUUCUCAUUUGAGCACCCGUCCCCUCAGCUCUGAUUUAGUAUCAGGGGGACUUGAUAUUGUAGACCCCCCUGCUUCUGAACAUCUACAUUCUCGUCUGGGGUCCAGCGAUAUUGAAACUGACCGGCUCACUACUUCUGCGUUGUCAGGGGGACAUAAAAUUUCCGACCCCCGUGUUCAUUCUCGUCUGGAAAUCAACACCGACCAUCUCAGUUCUUCUGGGGGGCUUGAAAUUUUGGACCCCCUUCCUUCUGAACGAGUUCGUUCUCGUCUGGGGUCCAGGGAUAUUGAUGACCCCCUCAGUUCUUCCACUCUACCAGGAGGGCUUGAAAUUUCCGAACCCCUCUCUUAUGAACACGCCCGAUCUCAACUGAUACCAGCAGAUGAACACCUGAACAGUUCCCGAAACUCUCUCUCAAUGGUCGGAACAUCAUCUGAAGGAGAGUUUGUCGAUACUCGUGCAAUAGACAGCAGUGUCCAUUCGCGACUAGGCCCAGAGGAGCGUUUUGACUCACCUCUCUAUUCCAACACUGCUCCCUCGCCUUUUAGAUACGAUAACCCUCCUGUCAGUGACUCGCUGCGGUCUCAGUUCCUGUAUUCCCGACUAGGCCCUGAACAGAGCUUUGGCUCCGAGGACGUUAGCUUUCAUCUAGGCUCUGAGAUACCUCCUUUGGAGCCCGAGUCCUUGAGAACAGAACCAAUGUACCUAUCUGAGACUCAUGGUGACUAUUCAGAGGCCAACUCCCAAACUCAUCAAGCCUCAAACAAAUUGUCUUCGUUCAAGCCUGACGACGUCGGCUUCCGUUCAUCUACCUAUUCCAACGUCGCGGAGAGCUCUCCUCAAAUUGGCCGUUUCCAUGAAUUUCCAAUGUCUCGGGAUUCUAGUGAUGGUGGUACUACUUCAGCCAACUGCUACAUGGUGAUAGACGAUGCUGCAAAUUCCCAACUCCACUUUUCUGAUUCCAAUGAAACUAGCAUCGGUGGAGAUUUUCAGAGUGACAAGGAAAGCUUCGUUCAUCGUACAUUUUCUUCAGCCAGCAACAUGAAAUUUGACGUGAGAGCUUCGUUUUCAACUACCCCGCAAAAUGUCAACCCUAGCGAUGCAAGCAACGAGUUUUCUUCGAAACUGACAACACGACCGUGUGAUGCCGCCUCAAAUAUAGAUAGAAAAAGUGAGUUGACUUCGACGUCACUGGCAGAUGAAACGGGGAGAUUAUCACAUAAAAGAACGAGAAGAUCAAGAAGGAAGUCAGGUAGAGUUCCCGCGCCAGAGGAGAUUGUUGGGGAGUCUAUACCGACGAUACUGAAACAGAAAGUAGUGACACCGCCAGCAAAGAAGCACAAAUUGUCCAGCGUGAAAGGUGGACCAGCGGCGAAACAACCGAGUAGAAAGAGUUCCGUUAGCUCUUCUUAUAGUGCUCCAAUGCCUACGAUAGGGUAUAAGGAUGCUAGCAGUGAUGAAGGGCAGAUGGCGAAAAGGAGGACUUCUAACAGGCAAAGUACACACAGUGUAUCGAAAGGGAAAGCUAUGAAAGCUGCUAGUGAACAGCCACGAAACAAAGCAGCAGACAAGAGUAGUGUAGGUUUGCCGGUUGACACGAAAGACGGACAGUCUAACCCUCGAGUGAAGGUAGGUGUGGCCACUGUGGUUGUUAAGGCCGAGAGGGAGAUGGAAGAGGGAGAGUUGACUGAUAGCGAGUGUGAGGAUCUUGUCAUCGACUUAGACACCAGUACCUCCUCUUAUCUUCCUCCUCCAAACAAGGAAGGUAAUCCGAAACCCAUCCAAAGUUGUGACCCAAUUUCAGUAGAGUCUCCUGCUAAAAAUGAGCCAACUUCCAAUCCGGACUUAGCAACAGCUAUUACAACUCCAAGUGAGGUACAUACGUGCAAGGACAUACUAACGGCAGCAGAACCUAAUGAGAUUGAGACUACAAGAAAACGUACCUUAGAAACUGACCAGGAAGUGGUAAUAGUGGAUGAGACAGAGAGUGAGAUGGAAACAACAGUUGCACAUCACUCACCUGAACAAGCCGAAACCACCUAUGAUGAUGCAACUGAAAAGUCAAAAUCCACGCCGCUUCCUAUAGUUGAGUGUGCUGAUGUGGCGAGUGAUAAAUUGACAGUAGAAGAUACAGUGACUACUCCAGUAGAACAUCCCCCGAUCGUCUCACCAGACUCCCAUCUACUUACGGAAAGAGAAGAGGAGGUAGAGUGGCGAAGCAGCCAACACAAGGAAGAAAACGGACAAGAAAUGAAAAAAGAAGUGCCGCCAUCAGUAUUGGUAAUGUGUUCCCCCAUUUCAGAGUCAAGUAGUAGAUUUCAAGACGUUCAAACUACUGUUCCACGGCCUAUCUCUACGCCUAACACAUCCUUAGAAACAAGCCAACCAGCAACACCAUCUCCUACUACUGUUACCAAUACAGCAACAGUGGUACCAUCACUGGAGGAAAGUGAAUCGUCGUUUUGUGGACCUGUCAGAGCAGAUGCUCCAAUACUUGCGGAGCUUGUUGAAGAAACGGAAGCGGAAAAUCUUGAACCAAUGACUACCAAUGGUACUGCAUGUACAGCUCAUGAAGUCGUCGAAACAGAAAAGGGGACACUAAAUAGACGAGAGGAUAUUGACGAUGCUGAAAGUACUGCUGAUGCCAACCAGCCUCUUGCUACAUUACUCAAGGAUCACUGUGACAAUAAGACAGUAUCACCCGUAAAUGACUUGGACACUAAGACAGAAGAAGAGAACAAAGAUGAGAAGGGGCCCGAACAAGCAAUUGCCGAGGAAGAUAUUGAAACUGUCAGCAUUAGUUCUGGCGAGAUAGUAAGUUCUUCGCCUCCCUCACCCUCCAGUGGUCAACCAACUGAAGAGCGAGAUUCUUCCAAAGACCCUGGAAAGACCAGUUUCACUGAUGCUAACAGCUACGGAAAGCAUUGGGUCUCUAGAAACGAACCUGAAUGGAAGAGCAACCGUUAUUUUCCCACCGGUCCUCACAGAGAUCCAUAUAGCCAUUGGAGGACUAGGUCCCCUAUUAGAGAGUCCUGGUACGUUCACUCGAGGAGGAGGAGUGGGCCUUUCAGCAUAUCCUCGGAAAAGUGGAGAUCUAAGAGUCGAUUGCCCUCACCUGUUCGCAGGUCCUCGAGGAGAGGUCGGAGGCGAUGUUCUUCUCCGGAGGAGAUGGUGCUGCGACGAAGACGCAGACGCUCUCGUUCUCUCUCCCCUGGCAGGAGGGCCGGGAGAGGCAGACCGUACGGUGAUGGGGAGAAGCGGCGUAGAACAACUGACGGAGGGGAGACACAUGGUAGAUCUAGGAGGAUGCGUGGCAGCAGGAGCUGCGAUCGAAUGUCAGACAAAGCCAGUUGCGAAAGCAGCGAUGAAGAUUUGGAGGUGCUGGAGCUGCGAAAGGAAGCAAUCCUGUCGAUGUUGACCGACGGAGGCAGAGGCAGACUGGAAACCAAGAAGAGUUUAGUUCUCACAGAUGACAAUUUAGGUGCCAAAGUAGAAGCAAGCCACGCUAAAGAUGAGAAGAUUGAGAGCGAGCUUGCAAGUACAGAGGGGACUGAUGAGAUAGGGAACGAUUCCAAAGCAGAGGCUGUUGUGUCUAGGGUUCCACUUGAGGUAAGUGAAGAAGCCGAGACCGAAGGAAAAGAAUAUGCAAUAACCGAACGCGAACUGUGCAAGUCCUUGGCCAAUGUGGAACCCAAGGAACCUUUGAGUGUGGACAAAAUGCCCGAAGAAACGUGUAGUGAGAAAGACAAAAGGACCGAAACUUGCAUUGCCCCAACCCCCCUAGAAAGAAGAGAAGGAAUUCAAAAAACGAAAACCGAGCAGAGAGCAGGUGAAUCACACAGCCCCAAAUCAUCACUAAAACACUGUCUGUCUUCACAAUCAUCCGCUUCGUCUUCACAUCUGCAGCCAUUAGUGCAACAUGCUGGGAGGUCUCGAGGUCCCAAUUCCCAGGUAAUGUCAGGUAGGAGAGUGUCUGUGGUGGGGAAGUCUGCCGUCGUCACGGCGACCAAGUCCGGUUCUGGAUCCGGAAUGGGGAGUCCCUCCAGUUCCUGUGGGUCCCCUGCUCCGGUUCCGGCUGCUCUCGACUCUGGUGGAUCAGGAACGGAAACACCGAGACAUGGGAACGAUGCUAGACCACCCUCAUCAGUAAAGAUUCUCCCUCGAAGUAAAGGUACAUGGGAGAUACCAGAGUUUCACAUCCAGUUAGCCGAGAGUGACGGCGAGGGAACCGAAAGUGAAAGUGAGACUGGUGGCGAAGGGGUUAAAAGUGCCCAUCAAGUGCCGACCAUGGACGAGAUUGACUCUAUUCUUGGAGCAUUUCGUCGUGAAGCUGAGGCAAAAGCCAGGAGCAGAGAAAAGAUUGUCUCUUCACCAGAUCGCUUGCCACUCUGUGUUGAAGAGACCAGACGAUCUCCGGAGGUUGUCCCUCCUCGAGUUGACCUCGAGGCUCUGGGAAUGCUCCCGUUACAACGACAGAGAGAGUACCUCGAACUAAAGACCAAGCUCGCUCUCUACGCCAAGAAACAGAGGGAGGAAGAAAUGGCCGUGAAAGCUAAAGAUAAAGGCAAAAGACCGCUCAAUGCUGGAUCGUCAACGAAAGCCAAAGUGGUACCUCAGUCGGAACAGUUUAAAUCGAUAGAAACCCAACCCCAACGCUCUUUAUCAGCACCUACUCUGGACAGUUCAACGGUAGCUCCGGUAGCUCGUGUCAAACAGCUGGCCAAGAAAAAAGAAGAUGAGCAGAAGAAAGAUGAACAAGAACAGCGAAAGAAGGAAGAAGAAGAACGAAAGAAAAUGGAGGAGCAGAAAAGAAUAGAGAUGAAGAAAAGGGAAGAGCAGCGAAGAAAGGAGAAAGAGGAAAGGAAGAAGAAGGAGAAGCAAGAGAGAGAGAAACACAAGUUUGAGAAGAGGAAGAAGAAAUGUGAGAUGACAAUUGCCGAACUUGAAGGAAAGAUAAGAAGCUGCAGGUCUCAGUCAGAGCGGUGGACUAAGACGCUAGCAGCCGAGACCAACUCGCUGGCAGAGUGCGAGUCAGAAGUUGAGGAACAUGAGUUGAAAAUAGAGCUCCUCGUGAAGCAACUGGAGUUGGCCAGGAGCAGUAGAGACAAGUGCAAGAAUAGGAGGACCACGCUGCAGAUUGAGGUUCAAUACACCCGAGAGAGCAUCAGUCGCCAUGCCGUCAUCAUCCAGGACACCCAGCAACUUCUCAUAAGGGAACGCGAGUUGCUCAUCAACAUGGAGUUUGGUAACCAUAGCGACGGCACAGACGAGGAGACUGUUUCCAUGGAGAUCGACAGCGACGGAAGUAAGGGAGAAGAAGAGAUGGAGAUGGUCACAAGUAGCGAUGAAGAAGAACACAGGAACGUACAUCCAAUGCCUUCACUUACACCUCUUACCUACGAGACUAUUUCAGAUGCAGAAGAAUCGCCUAUUCAGUCCGACAAAUCUACCCCAAAAAUCUUUCCAGUGCCAGUGUCUGGUACUGCCCACGGCCCCUGUCAUGGUAGAGGUAAGCGGCGCAUGUCCAGGUCACAGCGCACUAGAAGGAGCAGCCUGUCCGUGUUCCAAACCGCAGCUGGCACCGACUCGACACUGAACACUCUGAUACUUCAAAAACGAGGAAACAAAAAGUUAUCCUAGCUCCGCCUAUUCCUUCCUCUCCUCCCCCACUCACUCCCCCACCACCUCCCCCGAAUGCACUACCCCCAGCUUUCACAAAACACAACAUCACCUUCAUCCCUGAUUUCCCUAGCUGCUCGCACUCUUAGUUCCCUAUCAAACCCAGCAGUCACAAUCACAAGCACUGAUGCCAGCAGAACCAAAGCUCCUAAAGACACCUCUGAAGCCAAUACCUUGGAUAGCUCUCAAUGGUCCAGCAGCAAUACUUUGGCUUUGCCCAAGUCCCAGGGAGGCCUGGUGUUCUCCGCCACACUUCCCAUUCCUCCGAUUGAUGUCGAGUUUCUGACAGACACCGAUACCGCCAGCGAGAGUGGGGUCCCCGGUCCCACUCCACUGGUCUCAUCCCGAGACCCCAUGCUCUCCGGUAUCGGGUCUGAAGACACACCGGCAUCGGAAGGAAUGGGUCUUGUGGGCGGCCUAGAACCGCCACCACCACCAACCCCUCUUGAAAUCCCAAACUCCAAAGACACUUCCAGUUGUACCUGAAAUUAUUGACAGUGCAAGCGCCCUCUUCGAGCUCAGUGCUUCUAAUCUGACUGAAACUCUUGCACUUGCUGAACCUCUGGGGACUACAUGUAAGGGAUUUCCCCUUCCCUUGCCUGUCAGUCUUCCUGCAUGCGACGCUCUGUACACCACCGCUACAGGUAGUACAGACAUUGCCUCCAGUAGUAUCCGGCAAACGUCGACAGUAAUGGGCGUCCCCUGCUCCACGCCAAAGAACGAGGGAGAUUUCUCCGAUGGAUUGGUACAGUGGUGUGUGGAGUCCGAACCGUGCAGCAGCGGCAGCGGUGGUGCGCCGGAUUCUAGCCCACUGCCCAAUAGUCUUUUCAUCUCCAUGUUGAAGAUUUCGAAAGUCGAGAGCCUGUCUGAGUCCUCAGACGCUUUUUCUCCCGUGGCCAAGAGUCGUUACCCGUUCCGAUCGAUGUCGCGUGAUCUUGGGAACCGGGACGCUACACCCUGUCCUGAUGAAAGCCGUCCAGUAACUGAUGCUAAACUGCCCCCAGCUUCAAAUGCAGAAGAAUCUUCAGUAUUAAAAGGAUCAUCCACUCAGACGUCUCAGAUACAAGGAAAUAAGACAGUUGGUGUGCAGAGUACAGUUGUCUUGAAGUUGACUGAAAUAAAGAAGGAAAUCCCAGAGAACGAAUCGUCAGAGAGUGGUGCUGCUCCUCUGCCCGUGAAACUUAAUGAGACACAGCUCGAAAAACUGUCAUCUAAAAAACAUGCCUCUUUGCGAAGAGAUGGACAUUUUGUGGAAGAAGUGUCUCAACAAUACGAGAUAGAGUCAGUCGGAACGACGGCAGACUCGCCAUUGAGUAGACCAGCCGUGUAUGUUGCUGUCAUUGACCCCAAACUGCAGCUGACUGAGGGAAGCAGCUCCACGGUUACCACCCAGCAGAGAACGAGACUCAGGAAAAGGAGAGAAUGGCCCGUGGAAAAGAGAGAGAGUUCGCUCGAGGCACACCCUGGGUGGAGCGGUAGAAUAGAGAAGCCAACAAUGAAAUGGGCGAGAAAGCUGCCACUGUCACGGUCUGGCAGUGACACCGUGGUGGCAAUCGAAACUACAAGAAACAGGCGCAAAUCAACUCCCAGAAGGCUGUCUGUCCCUAAAACAGCAUCUUUCUCUCCUACCAAGUCACCAACAUCUCUUAUGAUGGGCUCGCCAACUCUAAAUAGAGCCCUCCAGUUAACUCUUACAAGUGCUCUUGCUCCGCUCUGGAGAACGCGCUGUGUGCUUCAAGAUCUCCGCAGACUGUGGCCAAAUUGAACCGAGACACUGUUUCAAGAUCGCCCGACUCAUCACCAAACCUCAACAGAACACUUCAACGUAUGCUCGAUCAGGCUCUUUCUCCCGUGCUGGAGUCCGUGCUUUCCCAUUCGAGUUUUCGUCGACUUGAUACCGAGAUUAUGAAACAACCUGCAAUCUCUGGCCAGGUGUCACGUGACCAUGAAGAAGUGUCACAUGACUCGGAUACAACUCCCAGUGAGUCUCACACAAUACUCGGAGACGAGACGCGGGAAGAAGAGGGUAGAUUUUCAACGGAAUCCAAGAGCACCUCCCCUUAUCACAGCCCCUCUCGACCCCUGAAUCCCUCCCCUCCUGAUUCAACAGAGGGAGCAGUUAGCACAGGUGUGCCCUCAAGAGCUGACUCUGGACGCUUGAAUCGACAAUUUGCAAGAAAAUCGACAGGGGCGGCAGUUGCACCGUCAAGAAAUGGCCCUGGCGGCUCAAAGAAGAGCACGGCAAAGAAAUCAACAGGGGUUCGUACGAGUGUGGGAGGCACAAAGCGAGGCUUUGCAAAGAAAUCUACUUCUGCUGCGUCGCAGGUAAGAGCCAAGACCGGUAUAGCAAAGGCCCAGCCAAGUAGUACUUCGACCUCUGUGAAUAGGAACACUAACAGGCCUGUGCCGAAGUCUCAAGGAAGCUCUGGACAUGCUAAACAUUCAGUGGAUGCUUUUCUGGGUAAGAUCAAGCAGGUGAUGAGUAAUUUAGAGAGGCAAUGUCGUGGUUCCUCAGCUAUUCUCAAGGGAACACCAGCCUCUAAGGAGGGCGUUGAGCUGCUCACGAUUAACAAGAAAGGCAAACCAGUUCAACAGGUUAAAUCUACGGCAAGAGGCCAACAAGCUAGGCCUGUUCAACAUGCCAAGUCGCAAGCCACUGGUACAAGGGGACACUCUACUACACUUGGGGCACGACCAGUUGAUACCAUAGCACCAGCAUAUUCCUCCAGUAAGUUGGCCAAAGGUAAGGACGCAGUGUCGAACAUCAAACAAGGCAAAAGCUCGGGGAGGUUGGUAGUACCCACCGUAAUCGAAGAGAGCGGCAUCACGGGAACUCUUCAGUUUCCAUGGAAAAAGGCGGGAGAAUCGUCAGUCCCAGAGAAAGUGGCUAUGGAAGUAGAGACGAGUCCAAAGCAGAGUGGAAGUGUUUUGGCUCGCGGGUUGUCUAGCAUGGACGACGUCGUUAAAAGAUUAGGGUUUAUAGUCACCUGGAACGAACUCCAGCCACUUCUGAGAACUUCGGAAGACCCGUCACAAUCUGUCGCCGCCUGCACCGGAACCGGUUUGACUGGAAAUCCCCUGCUCAAGCCGGAACCUGAACUGGUGUCGGAGUCGGUCGCGGAGUCUGCCCUGAAUUUGUCCACACGAGUCUCCACUCGGGGCACUGUUGAGGGAAGUUCACUCAGACCGAAAAGAUUCAGACCUUAUUCGUCGCCACUUCUCGCGCUCCCAGCGUACCGCCUACACUCGAGCUACCGCACGCACGCCAAGCUGUCCCUCUCCUCCCUCUCCCACUCGCACAAGAUCAAUCCGAUGACGAUAUGGUGCAAGUUCGAAGUCUUUGGCAAGUGUGGAGAUCCUCAAUGCACACGGCAGCACUUUCGCGACGUCACUCUCUCGAAAUCGGAACUAGUAGACGACAUCAUUUCUUAUUCCCCUGCCCUGUCUUCGGACAAUACCAAAGUUUCAAAGACUAGAAACGAAACGUCAAAAGCUUCGUUGUCGAAGACUAGUGCGAAGAGUCGAUCGUACGGUGCAUCGCUGAUGGAGACGUUUUCUGGUAAGAUGUCAGACGAGCAGCUGUUGGUGUUGGCCGCACAUCGAGUGAGUGAGACGAGAACAGCCGGGGAGGACGGUGGAAUCGUGGCCAUGGAGGAGUUGCGAGUCCGAGACACCGACGUGGCCCAGGAAGGCUCCGACAAGACAAGACAACCUCCUCUAUACCGGGAGAGUCCAGUACAAACACACACCCAGUAUCUACCAGUCUCAGCCGCCACUGACAGCAGACCAGAGAGAUAUUUCAGAAUGCCUUUCAAUCGCAAAGCCACACCCGCUGAUCCCACUGACUCUGCCCACUUCCUGUCGCUGGCCAAAGGAGCAAGAGACCCGUCCGAAGCAUGCAGCCACUUGCACUCUGGCCUGUCUCUCCAUCCCAACUCACAAGACCUCUGGCUGGAAUAUCUGGAGAGAAAGAGCGAAUGUCUCGCGGAGAUGGCUGAUUCUGGUGACAAACGAACUGAACUGGUGGACAAGGCAUUGGCAUCGUGUCCAACCUAUCCCAUAGUUGCAAAGUGUGUCCACGUGAGUGUUACGGUGAGCGAAAAAAGCAGCUGCAUUGAGAAAGGUUACCAUGCCAUCACCAAAAAGCCUGACACUGUGUCCUCCCUCUCCCUCUGUUGCCUCGGGUUGCUGCUGAGCCAUGCCUACCUACACUGCACCUCGGGUCACCUGACACGUGCAGUGUCUACCUUGAAGCCCUGUCUCGGCCUCGAGAGCCGUGAUCAACGUUAUGAUGACGCUGAAGACACCAAAUCCGGCUCCGGGUUCACAGGUAUAUACAGAGCCUGUAGCAAGAUUCUAAGCUACAUGUCUAGGUGUGCUCUUGAGAUUUUUCUUACUUUUCUAUGCCCAGCACUAGCUCUAUGCACCAUGCCAUAUAGUGAUGAGACAGCUUAGGCGUCCAUCAAUGUGUGUGUGUUUUCCGCAUUGAAGUCAGUGAUGAAGUAAGUUACUAAACAAAACAAAAGCAAAACAAACACAAAAGACAACAAAAAAGGAAGAAGCAAAAAUAUUACAUGCACCUCUGUGGGUGUGUGUUCGUCAGUAGAUCAUCUGUUUGUAGAAGAGAAAAAGAGGAGAGAUGAGAGACUGCUGUGCAUGAGUUGGCACGCAAAUAAUUUCCCUCCAUUGGUUCGUCUUCCAUCUCUCUUUGACUGUCCAUUCCUCUCCAGGCAUCAGUGAGGUUCUCUCCCCCUCCCACCUCCAACUUGUCUACCUCUCUCUCGUCCAUGUCAUGUACACCUCCACCUUCCCCCUCCACCUCUUCCUCUCCUCCCCUCCUCCCCCUCCUCCCUCCCUCUCAUCCUCAAACAAGACCUGGUGAGUUCUCUAUAUAUCUAGACAUUCUCACAUAAAUACGUCUAAGUUUUUCUUUCAGAAGCCCCUAAAAUAGUUCCCAGUUUUGAAAUUGCACUCUAUAUACCCUGUUUAAAAAAAUAUUUUACGUAUCCGUGGCUCUGAUAAUUUUUCUCUUAUUUUGCACCAGAAGCUGCUAAAAGAACUGAACUGCACUGCAUGUUGUGUGGUCACAUUUCAUCUAAACUCUGAACGUCUGUUUUGUUCACAGAAGACCGUCUUCAUCCCGUGGUCAGAGGACGGAAAACCAUCCGAGGCAGUUAUGCACGAUAUUGAAACGAUACUCACAAGUGGUGUGUCUAAAUGUCUGCCGCCCAAAACCUGCAUCGACUCUCCGUCAUCACAACCUUCACCGACCGAGGAAGACUCAGAAACAGCAGCCUUCUGCCUCCAGUACAACAUGGUUCUCUUCCAGCUGGCCCACAGAUCGCCAGAGACAGCACAACAGUCUCUCACCAAACUCCUCGGCAUCUCGUCUCACUCUUCAAGACUCUGGAUGCUGGCUGCGCAAUUUGAAGAUUGGACGUCCAGUUUGGCGAUGGUUUCAAGGAUACUGGAGAAGGCGAAGGAGAGCGAACUGGAUUCAAACGCUGCGGAAUUUUAUUGCUGUGCUGUUAAACUGGUCAUGAAACAGGGAGGGAAUGGUUCCCAUGGUGACGUGUUGACUGCAGCAUUGCCGUGGUUACGACGCUGCGUGUGCCGAUACUAUGACAUAUCGGAAGAGAACACGGUUCAACUUUCACUGGCAGACACUGUUCUACUUUACAGGAAACAACUGGGACAGUUGAUACCGUACAACUACCUGACACCAGAGAGGAUUAGGACUGAUGAACGGCGAGAGAACUUACCCUACAUAUGGGUGGCUUACUGUCUUUUAGUUCAGCUCUCACACCACAACCUGCGAGGACACUACCACCAUUCCGGGCCUGAAGAGGCAUUCGAAUCGGCCGUCCAUUCUGUUAAUCGGCCGUCCCAUCUGCGGAUCGUCUGGCUCGAGUAUCUGACUUACUUGCGGGGAAAUGUCGUGAAGAGAAAAAACAGUCAAACUGCCUUCCAGGCCUUCUCGGACUGUGUUUACAGGUAUUUGGUUGUCAUGGAUACCAAGCAAGCCCCACCCACCUUAUUACCCGGUCAACCAACAAACUAUCACAACUAUUCCUUUCAAGAACAGGUCUGCAAGCUGUUCUUCAGUACCCUGCCAGCUGGAUCAAGAUUCACUCUCACCUUUCUCAAGAGACUGGUCCAUAAGAUUCCUGACAGCCCUCAACUACUCACAAGAUACACUCAUCACUGUCUCGACCACUCCCACCCAUCCCUGGGGUCAGCUCAGGCUCUACUUGCCAGCCACCUCACCUCAAACCCUCACUCUCCGGACGUGUGGAGACUGGCAAUACAAGUAGAACUGAAGACGAGGAACAAACGAGAGGCAAGAUGGAUGUACCGGGAGGCAGUGAAGCACAAUCCUCUUUCAGCUGCCCUCUGGAAAGAAGUAAUGUAUCGAUUUAAUGUCUUAGUAUUGUGUUAACAAUUUUACUGUGAUUUGGCGUUUUUUCACUCUCUCUUCUCUCUCUUCUUCUCUCUCUUCUUCUCUCUCUCUUCUUUCCCUUUCUUGUAUCAUCUUUAUCUUUCUUUUGCUCUCUCUCCCACGCACACUUUUCAUUUUCUGCAGUUUCUUCUGUUUGAACUGACUCAAGUCUCCAGCCAAUCCUCCUCUCUUCUUCAUCGCCUCUUGCUCAAGAAGUAGUCACUAGAGCCUCGUAUCUGGGUGUGAAACUCACACCUACUCAGAAUUGACCCUCUUCAAUUCCCGCUUCAGUCUGACCCCUUCGUCACCUUUGCACUCUUGCAUGCUACCCGCUUUCUCGGUACAGUCUCACUUCCUGCUAAUGUGACAUCAUAGGUGUAAUUAGGAAAUGAAGGAAAUAAUCAGCCACCAAUCACAUUCUCUUAUUGCACAUUCCAUGUUGUGACUUCCGGUCUGUCUAAGUAACUAGCCCAAUUAACAUUCCUUUGCCACAUGCACAUACUUAACCUCCUCAAAAUGGUGUAAUCUCCCAAAAUCAUAAUUUAUAUUUUUGCUUCCUUGUGUUAAUGCUAUUUCACCAACCACUGCUAAUAAUAUGUUAGUAGUGGUUGUGUGUUAGUGUUAAUAAUUAUAGCUAGUUUAUCACACCAUAUCCGAUUGCUUGGAUCGUUAAAAAUGUUGGUGAAUCUACUCUCAAGAACAAGUUACAAAGUUGCAACUCAAAAGAAGACAAUAAUUAUAGACAUUCUGGAGUGUGAUUUUCCAUUUUUUUGUUUGUUGUAAAAGCAUUUUCAUUGAUUCUGGUAUAAGUAUAUUGAUUUGUGUUGAAGUGCAGAACGUCUAAAUUCUUGCCACCUAGUUAGCGUAUUCAUGAUU